CCAAUUCCCUCUACAAGCGCGCUUCGCCACCCCGCGCAGCUUCACCGGCUAUUUAAUCGUCGCUUCUAACCACAAUGUCAUCCAAAAGCGCAAUCGAACCAGAGCAUCCAUAGAGAAAAAGACAGAGAUGGCGACGACAAUGGUGGCGGAGGCGAUCAAUGAUCCGUUGGCGGUGGUGGAUUCGAAUGUGGUGGUCGAUCCGCAGAAGCGGAAUCGAAUCCAGGUCUCUAAUAAGAAGAAGCCGCUCUACUUCUACGUCAAUCUUGCCAAGAGGUACAUGCAGCAAUACAACGAGAUCGAGCUUUCUGCUCUUGGCAUGGCGAUCGGUACAGUUGUUACGGUCGCGGAGAUCCUGAAGAACAAAGGCCUAGCAACUGAGAAGAAGAUUCUGACUUCGACCAUCGGAACCAAGGACGAAACAAAGGGUCGGCUCAUCAGGAAAGCCAAGAUUGAGAUCUUCCUUGGGAAAACGGAGAACUUCGACGGGCUUACGACAGCCGCGAAGGCCGAGGGAAAGGGCAACAGGAAUGGAGCAACAGGAAAGGCCAAUCGCAUCAACGCCGGCAAAAACCCCUCUCAGGGCGAGAAUGGCGGCAUCAAGGUGGCGGAGUAGAUCAUGAAUUGAUCUACCCGGUGUUUUGCUGUUGCAAUUACCUUCACUCGUCAGUUCUUCUGACAUGGCAUUCGCAAUGGCAACCCGAUUGUCCGCUAAGAAGUGUUGUUUCUUAAUUCCUCUGUCGUUUGUUUUUCAGUUUCUUCUUUCUAGCUGAAGAUACUUUUUAUUUUAAUUUUCUUUUGGUUUUCCGAUCGAGAGGUUACUUUCAGACUUCUCAAAAGAUUCUGGACUUUUCUCUGGACCUGCUGAGAUCUGUACAUAUCCAGCUCUAGUCCUCAUGUACUCGUAACGCUUGCAGAAGUUCUGAAUGUUACUGAAUUUCGUUUGUAUGUUGUGUGAAAGUUUA